AUGAUGGUGGAAAUCUUCCUUGAGCAUGAAUAUGACCAGCUAUAUGAUUUGAGUAACCAUAAAGCUUCAAUGAAUAGACCAACCUAUCUGUCUACAGAAUAUGAUAAUUCUGAAGGAUUAUGGGAUCCACAGAAAUGGAUUGGAUCUGUACAUGAUGGUUCAGGAGAUGGAGUAUCACCACUCACACUAGAAAAUAAUACAAAGACGAUGUCAUAUGAUAGAACUUCUAUUCCAGAGUGUCAUAUAACAUCCUCCAUUGAAUACAAACAUGAAUGUGACUCAGCAGAUUACAAUGAGAAUAGCAGAAAUGGGAGGAAUGUUGUACAAGUAAAUAAUGAUCAAGAACCAGACAUACAACAAGAAUCUUACUCAGAUAAUAAUGGACAGUUGGCUGCAGUAGUAAGUGAUCUACCAAUCUACCUUGGAAAGGUGACUUAUAUAAUUGAUUUGGACUAUUUUUAUAUGCACAUUGGAACAGUUGAACAACUUGAAGAAUUUUGUGUAUUAGAAGACAGUAUAGCCAGUUACUGCGAAUCAACUUCAUGUAUAGAAAAUGUAUCAUACCUAUGGUUAGAACAAAUGGUGCUGGUCGAUUGUCAGGAAAACAAUGGCUGUUGGAGGAGGGGACAAGUUACUAGAAUAGACAGUGAAAAUAGCAGUGCAGAUGUGUUUUAUAUAGAUUAUGGAGAAACUGAGAAUGUCAAGGACAACAGAAUAUGUAUUGAAUUAUUAGAGGAUUUUCUGAGCUUUCCAUCACAGGCAUUAAGAUGUUGCCUGGCAGGAAUAAGACCCAUUGCUAAGAAAUGGAUACCAAGAGCUGUUAGAAUUUUUGAACAAUAUACAAGCAUCAAGAUCUUUAACACUGUGAUUCUGACAACAGAGCAUGGUAUAUUUAAAGUGGCAUUGUAUAGCCGUGAUGGGAAACAAAGAUGUCUGUCAAAUAUUCUGGUAGAUGAAGAUCUAGGAAUUCCUGUAGAAGAUGAAGUGACAGAAUAUUUUGAAGAUGCAGGAGAAUUUUAUGCAGCCAGAUUUAGCCAAUCAGCAACUGAUAACUAUGUAGACUAUAAUUCUCAAUUCAAUAUGGUCAAUGGAGAAGUUUAUGGUGAAGGAGAUACUUCAGAAGCUUAUCAAGAAUUUAGAGACCAACCAGAAUCCAUCCCAUAUGUAGACACAGAAUUAUCAUUUUCUGACCUUUUACCAGCAGGUGUUGACAGGGGAGAUUACUCAUCAUCAUCUCUACUGGAGAAAAUUAGUCAGAGGAACGACACUUGUUCUCCAUUUGCAUCCUUGCUAGCUAAUAUUAGUGACAGGAAUUCAAGUUCUCCCACAAGUUCAAGGAAGGAUAACUCUUCUUCAAGUUCUAGAAUAGAUACCUCUUCUCCAUCAAAUUCACUAAAGCUGAAUGUUGAGACAGCAACCGAGUCUGUCUUGACCAAUAGUACUGGUCAGUCUUUAUCUCCACAGAUGAUUCCUCAAUUUAAUCUUGACAGCCUGCAGAAAACACAUCACACUACAACAGAUAAAUUGUUAGAGAAGAAACAUAAAGAGAUACAGAAGGAAUCCAAGAUAGAGCAGGAAAGAGUGAAAAAAGAGACAGUAGAACAGUCUAAAUUGGCCGUUUUAGCUGGUUAUGGUGGUCUGGAAGAUGAUACCAGUAAGCAUAGUAAGCCCACUAAGACACCACAAACACCAAGAGACAAAUGGACCUCUUCAGAAUUAGCACCAAAGUCCCCUGAAGACUGGGAUAGAGAAUUACGUCUUCACCAAGCCAAUAAAGUUGAUUUAGCUUUGAAAGAAUUGCCACCGCCUCCAAUUGAAAAAAGGGACACCCCUCAUGGAAGAGAAUUAUUGAAAAUUCUAAAUCAGAUAUUUGUUGACUCUGAACGGGAACCAGUUGAUGAGAUAAGAGUUCGACUUCUUAGUCUCUUCCAGACAGAUGCCUAUUUGUUCCUGAACAAAGAAGAGUUGGGUGAAUUGAUGAACACAGUAAUAAAUAGAGCUGUCAGAUACUAUGGUGUCAUACAUGAUAUUAUCCUAGAAAUCCUCGAUGUUUUAAGUGGUACUCAGUUUUUCCAGGAAAGUUUACUUGAGGCCAUGAAGAGGGUCCAGGAUAUGUAUGUCAAGAUUCAAUAUAAAGGGAAGCCACUCCAUGUACAGUGUAGUAAGAUUUUAGGUCAUCUAUUAAAUAUGUCAUUCCAUUGGAAAAAUAGCAUUCCUCUACAGGAAUAUAUUGCAUCUUUACUGGAAAAGUGGAUUAUGUUCAAUAAAAAGGGUAAACAGAUAGGUACAGACAAACUACAGGAGAUAUAUCUGGAGUGUUUUGAGAUAGUUUGGGAGAUUUCCGGAGAAGCUUUACUAGAUACAGUGGAGAAUGUCAAAUCUCGUCUUCUUAAGGAAUGCCAAGAGAAAAUACUCAAUACAGCAGUUUCACAGAAUAUCAGAUCCCGUACCCUUCAUAUUUACCUGCUACUGAACAUGAAACAGAAAAUACAGAAGAUGACAGAUAAAGAUGUACAAGCAGGUGUUAUGACAUAUGAUGUGGGGUGUCAGACUGAAGACAUACCUUUUGUUCCAGCAGAAGAGAAGACAGAAUUUACUGUUCCGGUCAACCACCAGAAAUCUACCAGACCACCUUUUUUCCCUCCAAAGUCAUCUAAAUAUUACAAACCAAACUCCAGAAGUUCAACACCAAGUUCUGUUCAUUCUGACAAAUCUGAGGACUCAUGGCCAAACCUUUCAAAAUCUAGUGCUACUGGUGUUAGAAAAAUUUAUUCGCCUGUUCCAGAUGGAAAACCUUCGUCUAAUGAUAAUAGCUUUAGAUCUGAUGUUCAAUCUCCAGCGGAUGAUGUACUACUAAUGACCCCUGCAUCCUUCACGGACAAUCUACAUAGUCCUGAUGACAGUAGUGUGUAUUAUUCUGUCAGUGACAACUUCAACAAUAGUUCUGUACUAGAUUUUAAGGAAACGUCAACAAGUGAUAAUUUGUUGAAACCAACUCCUCAUAAAUCUGAUGUUAGUAAGACAUUUGGUGGAGGAGAUAAGAGUCGGGAAGUUAGUCCUCUUACUAAAUUGAUUGAAAUAGAUGCAAAAUCUACUUUUUAUAAAACAGAUGAAAAUAGGAACAUUCAUCUGAAUGAUAGACUACACAAGUCCCCUAGGGGACAUCCUGUCAUUGAAUAUAGUCCAAAAAGUUCAAAAGUUCAUGCUAGUCCAAAAAGUUCAACAGUUCAUGCUAGUCCAAAAAGUUCAACAGUCAAUGCCUCUAAAAAAACUGACUGGUGGGACAUGGAUGAAGAUAUCAAGUUGACACAAACAAGGGUCAAGGACAAUUGGUAUGAUACUGAAGACUCGUCUGAGAAUAUAAGUAUCAAGUCUAAAAAAGUACCAGCAAAAUCUUUAGCAAAUUGUGCAAAUGUUCUGCUUGUGCCUACCAAAACUAAUGGAUCUUCACAACCAUCCGUACCACAAGUUAAGACAAAUGUUGUUGUAAAUGAGAAAACUUGUAUGAAAUCGUCUUUACGACAAGAGCAUGUAAAAACUACUAAAAGUCAGUGUUUAAGUCAUGUUAGCUAUGCAGACAAGGUAAAACCUAUACCCAGUGAACAAAAUAGUACAACACAAGAUACAAUUCCUGUUGCUAUUAAAAUGCAUGAUGAUUCUUCGCUUUCUAAAGACACAUCUGAUAAACCAGAAGAAACGACAGAUUCAGGAAAAAACAAAGUCAUUGAUUGGUGGAAAAUUGGUGUAGACGAGGAUAAUGAUACAGAUAAAGAUCUUGAUAACUUUGAUGAUGAAGAUUGGGAAUCUUAUAGUGGUAGCACAGAGGACAUAUCUCAGAGCCUAACUGCAGAGUCUGUCAGUUCAGAAGCACAGGAGAAAACAGCAUCGAAAAGUAAAACAGUGACAAUUGUACGGGACUAUCAAACAGCAGAAAAACCAAAGCCGUCUUGGACUCCAGGAACAAGAAAAUGUACUAUGUGUGGGGAUACAUCACAUUUGAUUUAUGACUGUCCAAACAAACAUAAAAAAGGCUUAUUUUACUAAAAAUCAUCAACAAAGCUCUGAAAAAAUGCAGCAAUAAUUUUUCAUUUCUGAAACUUUUAAGGACUAUUGGUUAUAUAUUACUUUAUUCAUACACCAAAGUGAAAAUAUUAAACCCCUGUUUGAAUAUCUAUUAUGGGGAAGGCACCUACCACUUACCAGAAACAACAUUUUUUGUGCUGUCUUUUGAAAAUACAUGUACAAUGUAUUACCAAAAAUUCUAAAGGAAAGGUUAGAGACAGCUUUUGCAAAAAUAUGUCAUUUUAACCUUCUUUUGUUGCUUUACUGAUAUUGUUUCAAGCUUACAUCAGAUUCAUUUUUAAAGGUACUGUCAUCUUUAUUACCAUCAGUUUUAAUGUGUAGAUUAUAGAUUUUUCGUUUCAUAUUUCAAAGACUUUUGUUCAAGUUAAUUUGUAUGUGUUUAUUGUGUUGCUGUGAACAUAAUGUGUGUACACUCUGCAUCUUUGAGUAGUUGUUUUUUAUGUAAGGAAUGUACACAGUCGUGGUUGUUUUCAGAUAACAAUUGUUUUCAAUAAACAGGAAUCUGUUAUCAAUUUUGCUUAAAAGGAUAGAAGAAUUUUAGAGGACAAAAUAUAGUCUUUCAAAACAAUUAAAAACAAGUGUCUAUUUAACAUGUCAAGCUUUAAAUCUUUCUGAAUUUAAAAAGCUGUAAAACCAUAAUUGGUAAAAAAAAAAUAACCAAUCGUGAAAAUAGGACUAAAAGUAAAGAAUCAAGAUAACUGAAAAAUAGAGAAUAAAGGGCAAAAAAUAUAAAGAAAAGAGAAAAAUGGGCAGAAAUUUAGGUAAAUAGAGAAAAAUGACCUAGAAAAUUACAAGAAAACAGACAUGGAGGACCCCCAUUGAGACAACCACUGAAAAGAUGACUGAUCCUAAUCUUGAUCUGUGGAAUCUGAUGCUCAAUAUUCAUUGGAAACUUGGGAUUGAUGAUUAAAAAAGAAUCAAUCGAAAGCUAAGAUUCCAUACAUAAUAAACCAUAGAUGAUAGAUAAAUCUUUUGUUGUUUAUAAUUGCAAGGUGCUGAUACUUAGUGUUGAUUGGAUGUAUUUAUUUAUUUUGUCAGUUUUUAGUUUAGUUUGAUGACCUUAGCAUAAGCAUAAGUGCCAAAUAUUAUAUAACAGUAUAAGAAUACUAUAUUUGUCUGUAUGUAUGUUUGUACCUAAGAUAACAUUCGAAAAAUAUCAGUUAUUAAACAUAGUGUAUGUCUUUGUAUGAAGUAUUUUGAAUUUAUAUUGGUGAUUCUUUUAAAAGUACAUACAUUUACAUAUAAUGGUUUACUUUCUUUUAAAUUGUUAUUUGGAUGGAGAGUUGUCUCAUUGCCACUCACACCAUAUCUUCCUAUACCUAUGUAUAUUGAUUUAUUUUAGAUUAUUCUUAAAAUUACUAUGUUUGAUAGUUAUUGCCAUAUAUUGAAAUAUUGAAACCUUCUUGUAUUUUCAUUUUUAGCUCACCUGACCCAAAAUUGGGUUUUAUUCCUUAAAAAGGGUGAUUUUCAAGUUAUUGAACUAUGGGGCAUUCAGACACUUUCUUCUUUUAUUUAUUUAUCAAUCAAAUUUAUUUAAGUAGAAUUAAUAUUCAGAUAAUAUACUUACUGUUCAGCUUUUAGUAAAAUUCUAAAGUGACAAUCUGACCCACCCUGUUUUUCAACACUUAAAUCACAUUAAAAUGAAGCAAUAUUUCAAUCAUUAUAUGUCAAUCAUAGGCGGAUCCAGGGGGUCCCUGGGCCACGUUUUCGUGGGGAAAAUUUGGUUGAUUAUAUAGGGAAUCAUUGAAGCAUGACUGGAGCCGGCCCCCUCUUAGGUCAGUCAGCUUUUUUUUUUUUAAUUGAAUGAAAUUUUACUAUUAUUUUCACUGAGAAAUCCCUGCUAAGUUAAUAAUUUAAUGAUUUGAUUUUUCCAAAGGAUUGAAAACAAUCAAUCUAGUUGACAAUGAAAAUGGUUAGUUAAAGAAAACAGACCAUAUGAUUGGGCCGAAAUAUUAUUGUAGAACACACUUCACAGAAAGCUAAAGACUAAGCAAUCUAAAGGUGGUUUACCUAUACCAAUGAUUUAUGAUAUUGAAAUCUAAAUCUUUUAUCUUUAAUACCUUUUUGAGCUGAAACAAAUGUUAAGAUCAAAUUUGGUUUUUUUAACUCACAAUUUUACUGAGUGAGAUUAUUGUAUAAUUGGAAAAAGGAGAGACAGCUAUUUGAUUUGGAAUAAAACGUCUCUGAAUUUAACUUUUAACAUGUAAACUACAAACAAGGAUUAAUAAAUGGUUGUGAUUAAAAACAUGUUCCUGAUAGGAAACCCUGUAAAGGACUUGUUAGUAGUGGACAUUCCUAUGAGUAUAAUUAUACUUCUGCCUAAAAUAGGUUUGAAAAUUGUUAGUCACCUUUGAUAAUUGAUCAUAUUUUACAGUGUAUAUUUGAAAAUGUAAUUGAAUUUCUUAAUACAUAGUUCACCAAAUGUCCAUCUGGUAAGGAGAACAGAUAUUGUUAAAUGUUAUGAUUAAUAAAUGCCAUUGUUAUUA